UGGGGCUGUCGUGGUUUUCGCCUGCCUUCUGACCCGGCAGGGCAACCGGUGCGGUACCAAGAGGAACGAACUCGGCACGACAAGGCGAAGCGUUACGCAUACUAUUGCGGACGCAUAGCACUCGUCACGAUUCCUUAUCAUUAUUGUCACUUUGGUUAUUUCUACGGCUGUCGCCCCUCGUUAAUGUUGCUGUGCCUUGUUGUUUCAGGAUGCUGCGCCCAGCAGCAGAGCAAGGCCCAGCGUCAGCAGGUCGAGGACCCGUGCCAGAACAAAGCCCGUGUCGUUUCCGACGCCACAUACUGCGAUAGGUACUGGGAAUGCGUCAACGGCCAGCCAGAACUGUACGACUGCCCCAACGGCUUGGUGUUCGCCGGCAAGCACCGGGGAGUGACCGAGGGUUGCGACUACCCCUGGAGAGCCAACUACUGCGAGGACAAGCAGCUCGCAAACGGUCCUAUCAGCACGGAGCACUGUGACUGGCUGUACGGCAUCUUCGGCCACGAGUCCUCGUGCACCAGGUACUGGACAUGCUGGAACGGCACCGCCACUGAGCAGCUCUGCAUCGGCGGUCUGCUCUACAACGAGGACACGCACUCCUGCGACUGGCCCGACAAUGUCGACGGCUGCCAGAAGCACCCCCUGUGCGUGGAGGACGCCAACGGCAACGUGCCCCUCGGCAAGUCGUGCAACCGGUACUGGCAGUGCCAGGGUGGCUACCCGCGCCUGCAGCGCUGCCCGGCCAUGCUCGUGUUCGACCGCCAGAGCCUGAGGUGCGUCGUGCCGCCCACCGAGGACUGCGACAUCCCCACCACCCCGGCGCCGUCCCCCGAGGACGCCGACGAGGACCGCAACCGCAACAGCAACGACGACGCCGACAACGGCCCGGCCAACUACCCCCAGCAGCCCCCGAUCCGCCAGCAGCAGCGGCCCCAGCAGCAGCAACAGCAGCAGCAGCGACCCCAGCAACAGCAGCAGCAGCAGCAACAACAACCUCAGCAACGGCCCCAGCAGCAGCAGCAGCAACAACAACAACAGCAGCAGCAGCCACGUCAGCAGCAACAGCAGAGGCCCCAACAGCAGCAGCAACAACAGACCAGGCGGGAGCAGGUGCAGGUGCUGCCCAACCAGCAGCAGUCCAGCAGCGGCCGCACCUCUGGCACCAUCAACAUCCACGUGCCCCCGGGCGCCAUCCCCCUGCCCGUCAGGCCCGGCUCCGGGGCGCGCGCGCGAGCCAACAACAACAACUAGUCACUAGUUCGCUGUUAUUGUUGUUUUUGUUGACGUUGUUCGCCGACGCCGUCGUGAAGCCUCGCCCGGAGGGGCAGACCGCGUGCCGGACCAGACUGAGGUCGCGAUUUUACACUCCUACCAAUUUCCUAUGCUUUCAGAGCUUUUCCGAAUCGAGACCUUAGGCUGGUUGGACUAUUUCCUCGCCUCCGACCUGUGCCUCACUAGAUUGUGGUGCCCCUCCCGGUCGGUGCAGUACCUUGAUAUACAGUACCUUGUUGUACAGUCCCUGCCAUGAUCCCGAACCUGGCGCCAGGCGUCGGCCUACCAUUGUGCUGUGUGAGUUUGUUGCAGCGAGUCUCCGUGUGUUAGUGAAUGAUGAGUGAAAGUCUGAUUGUUUGCAUGUGUGUGUACGUGUUUUUUUUAUGUGUGCGCGAAUGAGCUCUCCCCCUUGUCUGACUGUCCCUUUUACCUGGCUGUCCCCAUGUCCCACUGCCUCUCACCUGCCCACCCACACCCGCCAUUUCUGCCAAAAUAUUUUUUGGGCACGACAAAACUAGGAAAAUCAAACUUUGUACCAUAUGACUUAGUUUUAGGAUUUUUUUAAGAAAAUAAAAC